ACUCACUUUCUUACGCCAAAAAGAAGACAAGCAGCGAGAAGGUCGCUCGCAUAUUGGACAACUUCGCUCUAGACGCAGUCAGAAGAAGCGCGAUAAUUUAUUCUACAUUUAAAUCUGAAUAUUUCAUGUUUCAGAAAACUAUUUUACUCACUGUUUUACUCACUUGUUAAUUUCAACGAAACGUUUAUCGACGGCCAAAUCGCUAAUUUGCUAUGCAACGCCAGAAACGCACCGCAAAAUGUAUUCCGCUAUUACUGCGGUAACGUUACACCCGUAUUAUCACUGCCUGUUUACAGAACAAGCAUUGUGGGAACUCGAAUAUGAAGAUCACGGGGACUACAGAAACACACGAGCCGACGAUCGCGUUCGAUCGUGUGGUGCAAUUUUUAUAUCUCUCGUUCCGUUUCCCCGAGUCAAACGGAAGCGAUCGGACCGCGUGCUCGAUACAAAGCCGACGUGCAUCUAAAACAUAGCGACAGGCGUCAAUUCGCGCCGGACAAAACUAUUCUUAACACGUAAUAUGGGUCCGCCGUAUUACGAAACGGUGAGCAACAAAACGAAAUCGUUUUCGUCUUUGCCUUGUUUCGUAUUCACACAGCCUAGGCGCCCGAUCCCGCGCACGUCGCUUCGCAUAUAAAGACAGAACGGACACUUGGGCAAAGGCCAGUCCGAAAUUUUUCGGUGCGAGCUUAACAGUGGAUUACAUCGAACAAAAAUGAGGGAGACGCUCAUCCUCGUUCUCCUUUAUAUCGGACUGGCGGCGACGUCAGAUUUAUCGGGAUAUAAGCCCAGGGGGUGGCGUCCUAAUGGCCAGCAGUUUAAUCCCAAUAACAAUCGAUUGCAUGCGUAUUACGGAACCCCGGGAUUACAAAGCUACGAACCUCCGGAUACCGCGACUACCCAAAGCGUCCCGUUAUUCACCACCACGACCACGCAGCGACCGCGGACCGUCGCGACCACCGUAAAAACCACGACGACGCCUCGCAACAGGGAGCCAACGACAGUGCCGGGCGAACAAACCGAGAGCGAUUUCGAUUCGAAUCCGGCUCUGGCGAUUGCGAAUUCCUUCGCAUUCAAUCGACCCGUGUAUGUCUACAACACCUUCCCGUUUUUACCGACACAAAUUUUCGCACAGUGACGCGAGAUGAAGGAUUAUUGCAUCGCGCGCGAGAUGCAAAUCUCGUUAGAAUAGAUAAUAGAGAUGCGAGAAUAUCAUCGUGGCAAGAGCGGCUUCCUUCUCUGGGCUUCUGAGAUACGAGGCAACGAAAUUAUUUAUAAAUUAUUAUUAUAUUACACCAAUCAAAUGAAAACUUUGAUCAAAAUUUAUCAUGAAGAAUACACAAGUAACCCUUGCGUGAUUUUAAAGAAAUAAUACUUGUAUGGGGCUAGUAUUAUGUGGUUUGGACAUUUGAAUAUGGAACUCCAAUUCACGUCAUACGUCGAUCAUUCAAUGUCAUUCAAACAUUCCUGGCAUUUCGUUUGAUUUUUCUUUUUAUACGUAUAAUUAUAAAUCUAUUAUAAACAUAUGAAUAAAACAUGCAACUUUCUUACGUAUCGAAUCAUAUAUUUUGUGUGUGUGUGUGUGUG